GGGAGAGUGUGUGAGACUCAGCACGUAGCCUAGUGGAAUCCCUGCCGCCAGAUGGCGAGGAAAAGUGCGGUUCAGCCUCCAGAUAAAGCCCAGCUGCAGACCAGAAGCAUCGUAAACACAGGAGAGUCUUCCGUCCAAGCUGAGCUUAUUAUCAGCAUCACUAGAGCAACAUCUGAAUCAAUUCACGGCUUCUCUGCGCGAGGUGACAGCCUGAAAGGAUGAUGUUGUCUUGGUUCCUGUUGAGUUUCCUCUUCCACUUCCUGUACGCCCACAAUGACUUCUUCACUUCCACAGGUCAGAUGACAGACCUGCUGUACGCUGAGAAGGACCUGGUGACAUCUCUCAAAGAAUACAUCAAACAAGAAGAGAACAGACUAGAGCAGGUUAAAGAAUGGGCAGAUAAACUGGACUCAUUGACGAUCACCGCCACACAGGACCCCGAGGGAUUCCUGGGGCACCCGGUCAAUGCUUUCAAACUGAUGAAGAGACUCAACAGUGAGUGGAGCGACCUGGAGAACCUGGUGCUGAAAGACACCACCAAUGGAUUUAUCUCCAAUCUGACAGUUCAGAGACAGUACUUCCCAACAAAUGAGGACCAGACAGGAGCAGCCAAAGCUUUGCUUAGAUUACAGGACACAUACCAGCUGUCUGCCAACACCAUCUCUAGCGGAGACCUGCCUGGUGAGCAACUGAGCACGUCUGUGUUUAUACAUUCCUGAUUGCCUGCAAAUCUU